AUUUAUAUCACAUAGAAACUUGAAAAGAUUGUAGGUAGAGAACAUUUUGUUCCAAAAAUAUUCGAUUCUGUUGACCGAACAUUUCAAAAACGAAGCAAGGAAAAGAACUAAUCUUUUAUCAAUGGAUAGUUCUUGAAGUUUACUACGAAAAAAGUGCUUAGCAUUUUUCAAUCCAACGCUUUCUUUAUUUUCUACAAAUGGUCACUCCAGUAAUCAAAAGAGGAUAAAGGAUUAAGACCAUGGAAUUCAUUUUAAAAAUUGCAGUAUCUCCACAGCAAUAAACUAAGGAUACAGACUCUUUUCAGAUUAUUCAUAGGUCAUAGUCUCAACUCAACGUUUAAAAGGAGAUCUUAGUAAGCCAAACAAAACGUAAGAGAAUUUGUGUCCAUGAAUCUAUGAAGCCAAUUUAUAAUCAUUUAUAAUGAAUUUUCAAGACAGCUUUAGACAUUUUCCGAAAUAUCAAGUAAUGACAUUUCAAUCUGUAACUUCGUCCAUAAACAGAUUGAAUUACUAGCAGAAUAUUGUGCAAGUUUCAGUCAAAAAAAAAUGUUCUUCUGUCAAGACAUUGAAUUUUCAAAAAAAUAGUUUACUUAAAAAUUCAAUCUCUCGACAAAGAAACAUUCUUUUCAGUUGAAUUUCCAUGUGAUUAUAAUCUCUAAGACUUUCUUAUCAUUUUAAAAAGACAAUUAUCUACUUCCAUUUUCUAAUCAACAUAAUAUUAGUAUACAAAAAUAAAAUCUAUACCCACAAACUUCUCUUAUAUUUUUAGUCUGUUUUAUGGAUAUUUAAGUUUACGUGAACAUGAUGCUUUUCUUGAUGAAAAAGAUGAUUUAGCAUUGAUGAGUCUUCUACUUAGCUUUCCACUUGAUGAUUUUGCUAGUACAUUAGAACGUGAAGCAUGUGAAGCUCGAUCAUUAUUAAAUCGUUUAGCUGAUAUGCUUGCACAAGAUGCAAUAAAAGAUUUACAACGAAAUGGUUUACAAGAACCAAAUGUUUCACAAGAUAAUGAUGAUAAACAAUCAAGUCUUGUUAAAUCACAAAAUUUAUUAAAACAAUUUGGUCUUAUAUCAGAUAAUCGUCCAAUAUUUGUUCAAGUACAAGAACGUCAUUCAACUUCACCUAUAUGUUUUAAUCUUUCAACUAGUUUAUAUUCUUCGCCUAUAGAUAUUGUUGCAAAUGUAAUCUUAUCAAAAUUAUCUGCUAGUAAUCCAACAAUGAUAAAUGAAGAACGGAUGAAAAUUGUUAAAGAAUAUAAAACACGUUAUUGGUUACAAGCAUUUGGAUGUGAAGAAAGACUUUUUGGUACUAAGCCAUUAAUACAAUCACGUUAUGUUCAAACAUGUCUUCGUCUUGAUAAACCAUUAUAUUUUAAAUUAAUUAAUAUUGAAAGUGCAAUUGGUAAUGGUAAAAAACGAUGUAUGGUUAUGAUUCAUGAAGCUAUUAAACAAGAAGAAGAACGAAAAAAACCACAAAAAUUUGGUGGACGAAGUAAUGAAGUUCGUCAAGUAUGGAAUGAAAAAGAUAUAGCAUGCAGAUAUUUUUCUUUACGUAUUUUAUCUGGUCAAUUAAUUCCAGCUGGUGAAUUUGAUGAAGUUAAAAUUAUAAUUGGUUUAUAUCAUGGUACACAACCAUUAUUUUCUGGAUCAAUUAUGGAAAGUCGUUCAGUUGAUACAUUAAAUCCUGAUUGGCAACAAGAAAUUAAAUUUGAUAUAACAUUAGUUAAUUUACCACCAGCUAGUAAAUUAUGUUGUUCUAUACAUUUUCAUCGACGACGAACAUCAAUAUUAAAUUCUGAUGAAUGGAUCUGUAUUGGAUGGGCGAAUCUCAAUGUAUUUAAUCAUAAUAGUUGUCUUAUACAAGGAAGACAAAAAGUACGAUUUUGGCCAACAGAAAUGAAUAAUAAUAAAAUAAUUUCAUCAAUGUAUGGUUUUAAUGAAAGAGCUUUAGCAGGUAUUAAUCCGGAUCGAUCUUAUCCAACAAUUGAAUUAGAAUUUCCUAGUUAUAAAUAUCAGAUAGCAACAUUAUCACCACGUAAUGGUUUAGCUAUGCAAGCACAAACAAAAAAUGAACAAUUAUUACGUUCAUGUGCAUUUCAAGAUGAUUUAGAAGAAACUGGAGAAAAUAUUAUUCAAUCUGAUUUUUAUGAUUGGCUUCGUUCAAUUGAAUUUGAAUUAACUGAACAAAGUCGAGUUGAACUUUGGGAUAGACGUUAUGAAUGUAUGCGUGUACCAGAAUCAUUACCACGUUGGCUUAAAUGUGUUAAAUGGUCAAAUCGUGAUGAUGUUCUUGAAGCUUAUAAAAUUAUUGAAAAUUGGCCAACAAAAAAUAUAGAUCCAUUAAUGACAGCACUUGAAUUAUUAGAUGUUGAUUAUCCUGAUCCAUUUGUUCGAUUUUCAGCUGUUCGUCUACUUGAUACACGUAUUGAUGAUGAUCGACUUCUACCGGUUAUAUUACAAAUUGUACAAGCUGUUAAAAAUGAACCAUAUCAUGAUAGUGCUUUAGCAAGAUUUUUACUUCGACGUUCAUUAUUAAAUCAACAAGUUGGACAUUAUUUCUAUUGGCAUUCAAGAGCCGAAUUAAAAAAUCCACAAUAUAAAGUACGAUAUGGUCUUUUAUUAGAAGCAUAUUUACGUUAUUGUGGUGAAUAUGUUGAAGAUCUUGGACGACAAGUACGAUCUGUAGAUAAAUUAAUAUAUAUUGCUGAAAUAAUACAAAAUAGUACACAUGAUGAAUUAUAUAAUCAAAAAGGUUAUCUUGCUCAUGUACUUACAAGAGAAGGAUAUACUCAAAAUCUUCAAUAUUUUCGAUCACCUGUUGAUUAUAAUAUUGAACUUGGUCAACUUGUCUUAGAUCAUUGUCGAAUAAUGUCAUCAGCUCGACGACCAUUAUGGUUACGUUGGACAAAUGGUUCUGAAUAUGCUGAACAUUAUUUUCCAACAUUUGAUCUCAUUUUUAAAAAUGGAGAUGAUCUUCGACAAGAUAUGUUAGCAUUACAAUUUAUUCAAAUGAUUGAUAUUAUUUGGAAAGCUGAUGGACUUGAUUUAAGUCUUUUACCUUAUGGAUGUUUAGCUACUGAUAAUUGUUCGGGUUUAAUUGAAGUUGUUAAAAAUGCUAAAACAAUAAUGAAUAUACAAAAAUUAGGUGGUUUAAAAGGACAAUUUCAAUUUGAUGCUAGUGCACUUUAUCGAUGGAUUGCAAAAAAUAAUCCUGGUGCUGACAAAUUAAAAAGUGCAAUUGAUUUAUUUACAAGAUCAUGUGCUGGUUAUUGUGUUAUAACAUAUGUUCUUGGUGUUGCUGAUCGUCAUCCAGAUAAUAUUAUGGUUAAUGAACGUGGUCAAUUAUUUCAUAUUGAUUUUGGACAUAUAUUGGGAAAUUUUAAAAUGAAAUAUGGUAUACGUCGUGAACGUACACAAUUAGUACUUAUUGAUGAUUUUGUUCGAGUUAUUAUAAAUAAUAAUAGUACAGAAAAAAAUCCAAUUGAAACACGUGAAUUUAAAAAUUUUAAAAAAUUAUGUAUCAAAGGUUAUCGAAUACUUCGUCGUCAAUAUCGUCAAAUUGUUUGUUUAUUUAAAUUAAUGAUGAAUUGUGAUUUAACGGAACUUAAUAGUGAAGCUGAUAUGGCUUAUCUUCGACAAACAUUUGCUAUUGAUAUUGGAGCUAAUGAACAAGAAGCAUGUGAUCGAUUUGAACAAGUUUUACUUGAAUCAUAUCGAUCAAGUGUAAAAACACGUGUUGAUUGGGUUUUUCAUGCACUUAAUCAUAUUAAAUCAUAA